AUUAUCUCCCUUUAUUAGAUACGCCUAAUUAUUAUUUUAGUGGGAGGGGUCGAAGACUUGUUUUUGUCAGAAGAGAUGAUACGAUUCAUCCUAAUCCAGAACCGUGCUGGUAAAACGCGACUGGCCAAGUGGUACAUGCAUUUUGAUGAUGAUGAAAAGCAGAAAUUGAUUGAAGAGGUCCAUGCAGUUGUCACAGUUAGAGAUGCAAAACAUACUAAUUUUGUUGAGUUUCGUAAUUUCAAAAUAGUCUACAGGAGAUAUGCUGGCCUGUACUUCUGUAUAUGUGUUGAUGUUAGCGACAACAACCUGGCAUACUUGGAGGCAAUACACAACUUUGUAGAAGUUCUCAAUGAGUUCUUUCACAAUGUCUGUGAGCUGGAUCUGGUCUUCAAUUUUUACAAGGUUUAUAGUGUUGUAGACGAAAUGUUCUUGGCAGGAGAAAUUCGAGAGACUAGCCAGACGAAAGUAUUGAAACAACUUCUGCUGUUGUCAUCACUUGAAUGAUGUUCACAUUCUCAGUGUAACAGUUUUAUCAGUGGCUGUGUAUGAAAUGUUGAUGAUGCAGAUGUAUAAUCACAGAAUUUUGAUAUCAUUCCUUCUGUUACAACUCGGAUAGAUGUGUAACAAUACAUUUCAGUAUUUGCUGUUGUAAUGCUAAGUCGAUAGUGGGGAUGUUGAUGACCAUUUUAAAAUAAGAGCUCAGAUAUUUUAAUAACUGAAAACUAGCAUUACUGCACAUGAAAGGAAAUCCUUGUCCCAGCCAUAUCUUCCUUAUUAAUUCACAUAGGAUCAUCAAACCUUGCAUGCAAGUACAACCAGGGAUGGUGGUGUAUCGUGUACCACAACUAGAUCACGGUGACCUACUUUUCACACAUGAAAGGAAAUCCUUGUCUGGCCUUGAAUGCAAGUACAGCUUAGGAUGGCGGGGGUGUCACUGUGACCUACUUUUGACAGGCGCAUCAUGCAUUAAGUAUUUUAUAUACUUUAUAUCCAAUCCGAUCUAACGAGUGAAACAAGUAUUUUGUCCAAAUAUCUAAAAUCUGAUAAAAAAUCUGAAAAGUCACAUCCCUGCUGCUGUUUUGUUGUAGAGCAUUAGCCAUUUGCCUGAGGAGCGGUAAGCUGUAGAAAUGUAGUUUUCUAUACAUUACACUCCACAGUAGAAAUGUAGUUUUCUAUACAUUACAAUCAGAUGGUUGUAAUAUAUUGGUCAUUCCACAUGUUAUAAAGAUUGUCUUGAAUUUGCUGAUACAGAAACAUGUUUAUGAUAAAUACUACAAAUAGAACUUUUUCUUUUGUUUAAAAAUCUGUUUGUUUCUGUUAGUCCUAAUGUUUGUAGUAGUGCAAACAGGAUUUGAACUGAAAAUUAUUUAUGAAAUAAUAUGCAUGUAAUAGGAAAUAAUAACUUUAAGCAACUACAAACUUUAGGUAUAGUAUACCCAAGCCACAUGGGUAUAUAACAAGAUGUAAAUGUGGCAAUUCAUGAAAAUAAACGUUUGAAGAAAAAAAACCCCAAAAACAACAAAACCAACAACUUUAGGUCAACCAAACAUAUAUACCACAUACUGACACUGAUAUUCUAAACAAGAAACUGUAUUUAAUAUGUAAUAUUUAUUUGUUAAAUAGCUGUAUUAAACAGAAACAUGUUAAUACAGAAACAAACUAAAUAUACUCCUUUUUAAGUAUGUUAAACUGGAGUAAUAAAUAAAAUAAUAAAUAACAUUUUCUGUACAGUGGACUUCUGUUUAGUUAUAUUCAGUACCAUUUUGGUAAAGAAUACAAGAAAAUGAUAUACACACUAAGUGUACAUUUUGUUGAGUUUGUAAUUUUUAUGUUUAACUUGCAACCAAUUUAAUUUUUGUCAUUAAAAACUAAAUUUGUGUGGUACAUGUAUUUGUGAGGGCUAGUUAUUAGGGAUGUAAAGUAUUUAGAAUAGAUAGUCACUGAAAUGUUUUCCAAAUUAGAUUUUAGGUCUUAUCAAAUAGUGUAAAAUUACUAAUACAUGUAUAAUAGUUUAUAUAAUACAUAUAUCCACCAAGUUCUGUCAUGUGCAUGUGUAUUUGUGUGAAACUAGUCUGUGUGGCAGUCCUCCUGCAAGCAGUGUAAGUCCACCUAUAGACAAAAUGUAUGGCAGCAGUCAUGACCUUGUUAAAACAUCCUUUGACUCUGACUUGUACAGAGGCUAUUUUUUUUAUUUAUUAAAACUGUUUCAGGUUUUCUCAUUCAUAUCAUAAAUACUCAUUUUGUGGAAACAAAACAGUGAAUGUGAUUCAUUGAGGAUUUUGUACGGUGCAAUAAACAAGCUUAUAACAAAUUCUGAAAACUGCCACUUGUGUGUGAAGUUGUAAUACACAUACAUGUUUGUUAACUUUGUUUAGAAACAUUUCAUAUUAAUAGUGUGAUCUUUAGUUUAUUUUUUUAAAAAGACUUGGAGAAUGAGUGCAUGACUUAGGCAUAGCCUGGAUUUUAUACAGUGGGGUGGGAUGGGGGCACCACACUUCCUAUGAGUCAUAGUGAAUGAAUUUUAUAAACCCGAGCCAUUGGGGUGGAAAAAACCCAUAAUUGGUUAAUAAUUGGUCAGAAAAGCCUAGUUCACCAUUCUUAUCAUAUGAUGAAAACCAAUAUCUUAAAUCAUUAAGUAGUUAUUUAUAUAUACGGAAGAAUAAUUUGCAGGAGUUAUCCUGUAUUUUAUGUUCAUUUUAUUAAUGCAUGAUAUAGCUUUAUGUAUGUUAAAAAAUAUUAAUCACAUAUAGGCAAAUUCAAAAAUAUGUGUUUAUCAAGACAUGUUUUAAAUACUGUAUAUAUUUGAUUACAUCAUUUAUGUUCAUGUUCAUUACCCACUUUUCAGGGCUAUCGAUCAAUUCUGGAAGUCCUCAAUACUAUCUUCUUAUCACUGGUUAAUUUCAUAAACAUAAAACAUAAGUUAAGUCUGUCACAUGAGUGAAUGUGAUUGAGCUGUGGUUAGGCACCUCCUUACCAAGUAGUUUGGCCCAGCUCAUCCGUCUUCGGCAGUGAUCCAUAUUAGUCCAGUCUCAGCCCUUUGACCAAUCCAGCAUGGGUGACCCAGAGUGAUCCAUAUUUGUCUGGCCUCUAUCCAUUGACCACCUGAGUGGCCUUACCAGGAGCUGAAACUCCCACUGGUAUAGCUCGCUGGGUCACUGCAAGCUACCUCAUCACAUCAAGGAAUGGAUCACAAGAUCAAAUAGAAACAAGUUAAGUAAAUACAGAGCUAGACAUUUUUAAAUAACACAAGUUAUUCUAAACUUAAAAAUCUUAGUAUUUAUCAAUAUAUGCUAAAUGUAGCAUCUCCAAUUGCACCACAGCCGUCUAAUCAACCAUGAAGACUAUUUCUUAAGAAAGCCAUAUUAUAGAACAUGAGAACUAAAACCUUAAAAAGUAGCGAGGAAAACUAGUAAGUAAGUAGUUUGUUUUAACAUGACAUUAUGAUUUAAUAAAUAUGUAUGGUGCCA